AUGGUUAUGAUCAGUGGGGCAGGUAGGCAGCGGUACCUAGAUCAGCAAUCCGGCAAUGAGGACCAGACGCCCAAGUACCGAGAAGACCAGAGUGACAGCAGUCGCAAAAAGCACAGUGCAUAG